CCUCUCUUCGGGUUUUUGGAUGUACGCUCAUCACACUACGUGCCUACCUUUUGUUUCUGCUGGACACCUGAAGAAAACCAAAAUAUAGACUUUUGUUUGUCUAAGCAAAAGACAGUUUAUUGCUUGGACCCCCUAGGGGAGAAAAACCAGAGGUGAAAGCCAGUUUUGAAGACCAUGAGGUCCAGACUAUCGUUUCUUCUCUGCCUGUUGCUGGUAUCGUAUGCUUCAAAUGCAGUCAUUACUGGGGCAUGUGAGAAGGACUCGCAGUGUGGAGGUGGCAUGUGUUGUGCCAUCAGCCUGUGGAUCCGGAGCCUGCGAAUGUGCGUUCCAAUGGGUCAAGAGGGAGAGGAAUGUCAUCCAAUGAGCCACAAGGUCCCGUUCUACGGCAGAGACUCCAUCAUACAUGCCCAUGUUUGCCCAACCUGGCUUGCAUCACCACAGAUGAUGGAAAAUCUAAAUGUCUCUCUUCCCUUUUGUUUCAAGAUUACCUCUGAUGUAAAGUGUGCCAGUAAAGUGUACUACUAAUGCUUGUAUAAAGUGUAUAGUAAAGUGUACUUUAAAUCAGUAUUGACUUUAAAGUAAUUUAUUUUAAUGAACUAUUUAAUCUUUAUGGGAAAUUAAUUAGGUCUUAAAAUGCAUAUUUUGACAAAAUGUCAUUGUGUGACCAGA